GUGGGAUAUAGACAAGAUGUCGGGACCCUACGCAGCCGGACUUGGAAAAAGGAAACACCAGCUGGCUACAUAAAAUUGACCAACUCGGUGAUGUCUACGGUUGGGAUUCGGUGCAGAGACAAUUCGUUAUGCAGCUUCGUCUACGAGGUUCAGCCAGACGAUGGUACGAUGAGCUCGACGAUUACAAUCUUGACUGGGAUGCAUGGAAACGAGCUCUAGAGAUUGCAUUUCCACGUUCAGUUGACUUUGUGGAUAAAUUAAGCACUAUGUUGGCUAGAAAUAAGGAGGAGUCUGAAACGAUGACCCGUUAUUAUCACGACAAGCUAUCACUGCUACGAAAAUGCAACAUCAGUGGCGAAGAUGCAAUUUCUUGCAUAAUAAGAGGGCUUCCGGUAGAAUUGCGUGCUAAUGCUAAAGCGUAUAAGUGCGAGACACCAGAAAUGUUGUAUUUUGGAUACCUAUCCUCUCUAGAAAAUUAUAAGAGAGAUAAUAUCUCAUCUUUAACUUCUCGGAAAUCAUCGUGGCGGAGGGGUGCCGCGGAAGAAAACUCUACGACUGCUCAACGCUCUGGAGUGAAACGGUGCUACAUUUGUCGGCGCAUCGGACACGAGUUUCGUGAUUGUCGAGCACAACAACGGUGUGACAUCUGCCAGCGGAACGGUCACACUUCGGCAAGCUGCUGGCUGGCCGCCACGCCGGGACCAUCGCGACAACAGGUGCAGCCGACUCCGGUGAGUUUACUGAUGCUUAAUUUAAAUGACAAGUUCUGGAGCAUUUACAAGCGCCUAGCAUUUGUUGGUACCUCAAGUUUAGUUGUUUAUAUUGAUACAGGCAGCAAAUUAAAUGUGUUAAGCUUAAAGAAAGCGAAAGAACUGGAGCUUCAAAUAUUACCGUCUAAUAUAGUAAUGAAAGGUUUUGGAGGAGCUCAUACUCAGUCAUUAGGCAGGUCACACAUUAAAAUAUACAUAGAUAAUUUGUACUUGAAAGGAGACGUCGAGGUAACUAACUGUAAUAUGUGUAAUAUAGAUUUAAUAAUUGGGCAAUCCAUGAUUAAUCAAAUAGGUGUUAGUCUUGUUACUACAUCAAACUCUGCCAAAUUUAUAGCGACUUAUGAAUCGUACGAUACACUUCGUGAUAUUAAAUUAAAUAGUGAUGAUUUUGAUUCUAAAUAUAACGUGUUCUUAAAGUGCGAUGUAACUGUACCACCUCAGAGUCUAAAAUUGUUAAACGUUUUUGUAGAUUAUGAAUCAAAUGAAAAUGUGUACUUUUUAACAAACUCUGUGUACGUAGAAAUAGGUAAAACAAGUUACGCUAUACCUGGAGGAGUUAUCUGCAUCGAAGGAUAUUUAAAAUUCUUUAAUUUUGGUGAAGAGCCUGUAAGCUUUUCGGCUCACAGACUUAUUGCACGUGCAGUCCCGAUAACCACUAUAUCCAAUCAAAUAACUCAAAACGUUAUGACCGUUGACUUUUCUGCUAAGACUAAUAGCACUCAUUUAACUGACUUAGGCGAAAUAGAUGUAGGUGAUUUAGAAAAAGAGGAUCUUGAUAAAUUAAUUACAUUGUUAAAUAAAUACGACUACCUUUUUGCAAGAGAUUCUAAAGAUUUAGGUUGUACCGAUCUUAUGGAAAUGCAUAUUCGGACAACAACUGAUAGACCAGUACAUUUUAAACCAUACAGGCUAUCCUAUAAAGAAAAUCAAAUUGUUAUGUCUAAGGUGCAGGAUCUAAUUGACGCGGGCAUAGUCCGCGAGUCAAUGUCAGAAUAUGCAAGUCCAGUGGUGUUAGUAACUAAUGGAGGAGAGAGCCGUGGGACACGGCUGCAGCAGGAUGGCCGAAUGUUAGCGACCACCAGCCGCCCACAGGCUCGCCAGUGA